AAGAGGGGGCACCUAUAUAUCUAUAUGCAAUUCCAGCGCGGUCGAGAUUCAAACAUCGAUUCGAUAAGGCUAGGUGAUACCACCAUCUAAAAUCUGUAAAGCGGUACGGCACCUGUUGACUAAGAAAUAAUCGAAGGGUAUCGAAGUGUCCUAAUUAGAUGACCGUUUUUGUGGUUCCUGUUUUACUAUCUAUCGGAUCCUGAUCAUUUUUGUGGCUGUGAUAUCUAUUUGAACUCCGCAAAAUGGCUACUAUAGUAAGAUUUAUAAUGGAUCAGUAUCACGAUCUCAUGGAAAACAAGAGCGAUCCCAGAGUGAGAGAUUGGCCUUUGAUGAGUUCUCCGUUUCCCACCAUUUUGAUCUGUAUCACAUAUGCUUACUCAAUGAAGGUUUUGGGUCCCAGAUUAAUGGAGAACAGAAAACCUUUUCAGCUCAAUAAAGUUCUCAUUAUCUACAAUAUCCUACAAGUUUGUAUUAGUACAUGGCUGUUUUAUGAGAGCUGUGUGGCAGGAUGGAUGAACCACUAUAGUUUUAGAUGUCAAACUGUCGAUUAUUCGAAUGAUCCACUAGCGCUGAGAAUGGCACGAGGAUGUUGGUGGUAUUAUAUGUCGAAAUUCUCUGAAUUUUUCGAUACGAUAUUCUUUGUUCUUCGGAAAAAGAACCGCCAAAUAUCUACUCUCCAUAUAAUACAUCAUGGAGUAAUGCCAGUAUCAGUGUGGUUCGGAGUUAAAUUCACUCCUGGUGGUCAUUCCUCAUUCUUUGGGUUCCUCAACACCUUCGUCCAUAUCAUCAUGUACAGCUAUUACCUUUUAGCUGCUUUAGGUCCCCAGUACCAAAAAUAUCUUUGGUGGAAACGGUACCUCACUUCUAUCCAAAUGGUCCAAUUCGUACUAGUCAUUAUCCACGCCUUCCAAUUGGUCUUUAUAGAAUGUGAUUAUCCUAAAGCUUUCGUGUGGUGGAUCGGAGGACAUGCUGUUAUGUUUUACGUACUCUUCUCCAAGUUCUACAAAGAAACCUAUAAAGAUGAUGAAAAGAAGAAACAAAAAGUGAAAGUUGAGGAUAAAAUGGUGGACGACGAUUAUGAAGAGUUACACGAAGAUGAUGAGAGAAAUUACAAUAUAGGAAUUUGCUUCGCCACCCAAACAUCACUCUAUGACGAUGAUGAGAGCUUAAAGAAAAUCAAAAAGGGUUACAAAACUUCUGAUGAUAAUACUCUCAGAAAUAGGGCGUUUAUAAAUACUAUCACCACCGCAGAUUCAUAGUUCUUAUCGAAAAUUGUUCAAUACUCCAUUCCCACAUGUGUGUUUGCUAUUUGUUUUUAUCAAUUUAGCGACGUUAUAAAGCCUCUUCGGCUUUGAGUUAUAUCAUGGUCGAAGACUUGAACUAAUGCAAUGAGAGAAUUAGAAGCCAAAGAAUUAUUUGAUAGAACAGUAAUAGUUUUCAUCGGCAUGAAGCUUCACUAACUAAUCGAACAGACCCUGAAUAAUUUAAAUGUAUUUUACCCCCAGGGAACUGCUGUUCGAAUGAAAAAUUCUCCUGCAAAAAUAAUGGCUGUUAUCAUUAUAAAGAGAAUGAUAUACAACAAAAUUGUCCACUGGAAAUUUUAUUUUUCUUAUUCUGUUAAUGUUUUCUGUACUAAGAAAUAACUCACCUCACAAAAAUUGGAACCCCAAGUAAAUUUUAAAUUAAGACGCAAAAAAAUAACUAUUAAAUUUGAUUAAUCGGACAUCACAAAUAGUGUAUAUAUAACAGGGGUCAAAACAAUAACUUCAAAUUUAGGAAUGGUGAUUAAGUGUGUUAGACUUAUGUAUAUAUAGAGUUUAUAUUAUAUUUAAAUUAGUACCUAUAAUAAGACUCAAUAAAUUGAAUUAUAAAUAUAAAA